CUCAUUUUGUGCUUUUGAUUUAUUCCUUUUUUAUUUUUAUUUUUUUAUUUUUUUAUUUUUACCGCCUCCUUGAGUCAUUAUCCAGGAGCGCGGACUCGGUGGAGGAUCAAUGGAGACGCGCGCGUCGUCUCAUCAUCACCUUCUCUAAGGUGUUUUCUUUUUUCCUUUUUUAUUUUUUUUUUGCUCCUUUUUGCGCAUCAAUCACCUGGAUCGUCGUCGGCUUGAGGAUGAUGACAAGCAGGUAGUAAAAAAAAAAAAAAAAAAAAAAAAAUACAGACUACAAUAACACCAGCAGCAGCAGCAGCAGCAGGCCCAUAGAGACUGGAUAUGGAGUCCAUGAAGACCAAGGCCACGGUGGGAAUGAAGGACCUGGCGGGAAAGACCUUGGGUCACUUGCACAGGGUGAUGGAGAAGAGACAGAAGGGCGGGGAAGUCAUCGAGCUGACGGAGGACGGGCGUCCCCGGGAGGCCGCGGAGAGGAAGCCGCCGCUGUGCGACUGCAAGUGCUUCGGCCUGCCGCGCCGCUACAUCAUCGCCAUCAUGAGCGGCCUGGGCUUCUGCAUCUCCUUCGGCAUCAGGUGUAACCUGGGAGUGGCCAUCGUGGGCAUGGUCAACAACAGCACCGUCCACCAGAACGGAAAGAUCAUCAUCAAGGAGAAAGCCAAGUUCAACUGGGAUCCAGAGACGGUGGGGAUGAUUCAUGGCUCCUUUUUCUGGGGUUACAUUGUGACUCAAAUCCCAGGAGGAUACAUCUCCUCCAGGCUGGCUGCAAACAGGGUGUUUGGUGCAGCCAUCGUCCUCACGUCAACACUCAACAUGUUCAUUCCCUCGGCUGCCCGAGUCCAUUAUGGCUGCGUGAUUUUCGUUAGGAUAUUACAAGGGCUGGUGGAGGGAGUCACCUACCCAGCCUGUCAUGGCAUCUGGAGUAAAUGGGCUCCUCCACUUGAAAGGAGUCGUCUGGCCACCAUCUCCUUCUGUGGCUCUUAUGCUGGUGCUGUGAUUGCAAUGCCUAUGGCUGGGAUCCUGGUUCAGUAUUCAGGCUGGUCUUCAGUGUUUUACGUCUAUGGAUGUGUCGGCAUCUUUUGGUACAUGUUCUGGAUAUUGGUGUCCUAUGAGAGCCCUGCUGAACACCCUACCAUCACUGACGAGGAGCGCUGCUACAUUGAGGAAAGCAUUGGAGAGAGUGCCAAUCUAAUGGGUCCUGCUGAGAAAUACAAGACACCCUGGAGAAAGUUCUUCACUUCGAUGCCCGUCUAUGCAAUAAUCGUGGCCAACUUCUGCAGGAGCUGGACAUUUUACCUGCUACUCAUCAGCCAGCCUGCCUACUUUGAAGAAGUGUUUGGCUUUGAGAUCAGCAAGGUUGGCAUUGUGUCUGCACUGCCCCAUCUGGUGAUGACCAUCAUCGUGCCCUUUGGCGGCCAGCUGGCGGACUACCUGCGCAGCAAUAACAUCCUGUCAACAACAACAGUCAGAAAAAUCAUGAACUGUGGAGGAUUUGGCAUGGAGGCUACGCUGCUGCUGGUGGUAGGAUACUCCCACAGCAAAGGGGUGGCCAUAUCCUUUCUGGUGCUGGCAGUGGGCUUCAGUGGAUUUGCUAUAUCAGGCUUUAAUGUCAACCAUCUGGAUAUCGCCCCGCGCUAUGCCAGUAUCCUCAUGGGCAUUUCCAAUGGAGUGGGUACCCUCUCUGGCAUGGUGUGUCCUCUGAUUGUUGGUGCUAUGACGAAAAACAAGACGCGAGAAGAGUGGCAGUACGUGUUCCUAAUCGCCUCCAUGGUGCACUACGGGGGUGUGAUAUUCUACGGCAUCUUCGCAUCGGGGGAGAAACAGCCAUGGGCCGACCCCGAGCUGACCAGCGAAGAGAAGUGUGGCUUCAUCGACGAGGACGAGCUGGCAGAGGAGACGGGCGACAUCACACAGAGUUACGUCGCUCAGGGAGGGCCCGCCAAGUCGUACGGCGCCACCACGCAGGUCAACGGAGGCUGGGCCGCCAGCUGGGAGAAGACGGAGGAGUACGUGCAGGAGGAGUCCCAGGGAGGAGGCUACGGAUACAGGCAGGAGGAGGGAUACUCGUAGACCAAACACACACACCGAUACAUGUGUACACUUCUUGAGCGUGCGUCGAUAUAGUCCAAUAUAAUAUCAUCGAAAUAGAAAUAUUUAAAAAAAAGAAAAAUCUCAAUCUAUUGUUGUAAUUGCACAAGAAGUAUAAUGUAUAAAAAAAACUAAAAUAGCCUAUUUGAUUAAAAAGAUGUGAGGCACAUCAAAUUGGCAGUAAAUGUAUUACUACGCAUAUGGAUAAUAGAUAUAAUUAUUUUGAGUGAAACUGUAUUUUAAUGUGAAAAUCCUCAUCAGCAAAGGCUUCCCAAAGAACGAGUGAAGCCUGUGUAGGGUCCCCAUCAUUAGUCACAUGACCUGCUACUGGUUAGAGUACAUAAAGCUGCCACUCAGACAUCAGCGUCUAUAAACGUACCACUGCACAGCAUCGUAAACCGUUGACCGAUUGUACCGUAUCGCUCCUAAAAGCACACUUUUUUUGGUUCCUCACUGGUCAUUUUGAAUUAAGGUGUCUCUUUCUGAUGUUUGCUGUGUGCGCUCCAUGUCAGAUCUCAGCGCUGUAGUGCAAGAGUUGUUUUUGUUACCGCAAAAAUGGUUGACUUUAAAUAAUGAGCACAUCUGGAAUUAUGAAACGAAUGAGAUAAUUAUGUGUUUACAGCAUUUUAUUGUCCAAAAGAAUUGGUGUGAUUUAAAAAAAACAAAACAAAAAAAACAAAAAAACAUUGAAGGGUGUGUGUGCAAUGCAGAGACAAAAUUAGCCAAAUCGUAUAACAGUAUCAAUAUAUUAGCGCAGCACAAUUAUAUGGAAAUAGAGAAUGCACAUAACUUAAAGCACAUUUGUUAAUAUAAAUAUGUUACUAUAUUACCAGAGGAUGUAGCGAAUGGAUAAUAUAUACAGUGGUACCUUGGUUUUUCAUUAGUAAUCAGUUCCAAAAGGUAUAACAAAAAAUGUAUUCCACAAAAACAGAAAUAGUUUUUGUGAUAAGAAAUAAUGUCAAUCUAAUUACUCCCCAACAAUACUGACAUAAAACUAAUCCUACAGCGAAUAAUUAACGCUUUUACAAGCAGAAAUCAAUGCGGAAUAUGUAUAAAUGAUAAAUAAAUAUUUAAUAUCACUUUUACCUUUAAUUAUAGACUCUUGUAGGCCAAGAUGGCGUAAACCAGAGAUGUCAAACUCAUUUUAGAUCGGGGGCCACAUGGAGAAAAAUCUACUCCCAAGUGGGCAGGAGUGGUAAAAUCACAGCACGAUAACUUAAAAAUAAAUACAACUUCAGAUUGUUUUCGUUGCUUAAAAAUAGAACGAGCACAUUCUGAAAUUGUACAAAUCAUUUUUUUUUUUUAAAUAUAAUUACCUAUUGCGGUUAAUAGUAUAUAUGCUUUAUUUGUCGUUAUUUAUAUUUUCCAAAUAAAAAAAUCAUAUGAAAAUCAAAAUACAGGAUGAUAUUUAUGUAGUUUGAUCAUUUUCCUCGACUGGUGCACUAACAUCAUAUAGUUUAUUUUGUACAUAUGUAGCAUCAUCUACAAAGAUACAAAGACUUGCAAUUGCGACAUCCAGUGGACACAUUUAGAACAGCUGUUUCUUUCAUUCAAAAAAAUUCAGGUUAAUUUGCAUACCUAGCAAACUCAUCACACAGGCCGGUUAAAACCUGUUCACUGGCCUGAUCCGGCCCUCGGACCGUACGUUUGACACUCCUGGCAUAAACAGUACUUGGGAACCUCAAUUUAGAAAUGUAAUUGGCUCUUAAACAGGGUUCGUAAUUAGAAAAAAAUGUAUAUUGAAGCAAAUUCUCCAUAUGAAAGAAUGUAAACAUGAAUAAUAGGUUCCAGCUUUGACAAAAGUCCAUAUCUUUGUCAAAGUUUGUACCCUUUUAACAUAAUAUAAAGUGUUAUACAGUACUGUAUAGCAAACAAACAUAACAAGGGAGUGAUGGAUCAGCCUUCGAUUUAAUGACAAAGUCAAAACAACUCAAUGAAUGUUCAGGUCAUUGUAUUCUCAGGGCAUUUAAUCGAUCGCAACUCGACUUUUCAGUUUCUCUCAGAAGACGUUUCACCUUCAGACCAUGGACUAAUGAAGCCUAUGGAUGAGAGGCGAAACGUCUCCUAAGACAAACUGAACAAUCCAGCUGCAACCGAAUAAACAUCCCGAGAAAGUCAAAACAGCAACAACGAGUUGAGCUGUCCAAAAAUAGCUUGUUUGUACAAUGAGGGGUUCAUAAAUCGAGGUUCCACUGGAGUAAGGGAGGGGUUAAGCCAUGUGGAUGCUACAAGUUCUUACAUUUAAUAGUGUUUCUCACAUUUUUAUCAAAGUGCUGGCACUCGCAACUUUCUUUGGCCCUAUGGUGGAUUAUUUAGCCCUUGUACUCAAUUAAAAAAAAAAAACAGUUUCUGUCACCAACACGUGGGCAUUUUGUUUCUGUGGCAGUAUGAUGAUUCCUCCUAAGAAACAACAUUUGUUGCAGUGGACAUUUGUUUUUGGUAGAUUCAUUUUGUCAGUUAAACAUUUCAGGAAAAAAAAUAAAACCCUGCUGUACAAAACAAAAACGUCCACUGCAGAGGACGCUGAAUGGUCCUCAGGGGGUUAUGAAAACCAGAGCAAAAUAUCAGCAAAAAAUGUUGUUGAAAAUCAAAUCAUACAAAAAUGAAGGUACCACUGUAUGUUGUUGCUAUGUCAAUAAAACAUGAAGCAAAUUGAUGUUUUUAUACAAACUAGAUAAUUAUUCAGUAAAAUACUUGAAGAUGUUCCAUCUGGGCAAAUAGUGAUAAUAGAGUUAUUAGGUGUAAUUAUUGGCCUAAUGUCUGCAACAAUCAGAGUAUUCUUGAUUACAACGAUUGAGACGAUGCACCCCACCUUAGAAUCACUAGAGGGGGCCACAUCUGUCGUAUGAAGACCAUUCAUUCAUCAGCACUUCACGAUAUAAACGUGUGCGAAUGCGUACCAAUGCAUGGAACUUUGUGGUGCAGCCUCUUUCUUUCGAGUCGGCGUGUCUUUUGUCUCAGAAACUGUUACUGAUGUUUCCAUUUCUUUGCACAAUUAACCAAAGGUGAAGAGCAAACACGGCUUUGAGCGGAAAGUUCCAUUUUCUAAGAGAGCACACGCAGACCAUCGGCCACAAGGUUGCAGUCUGGACCAAACUUCUCUCUGUACUGUACAAAGCAAUAAAUCCAUAGUAACAGUUUUGGUCCAACCCAACAUUUUCAUCAUGUAACAGUUUUUUAUGCAUUUGUUCCAACUUAGUGUUUUUGUGAUAAUAAUGUAUGAAAUGAUGCUAUAAUAAUCUAUAAUAUAUCAUACAAUAUUUAGUCCAAUGCAAACAUCUUAAGAGUUUGUGAUGGGGCUGCUCACCAGAUGAGAAUGAUAAGCGGGGCUCCGUGAACAACGGGCGCUCCUCUUCGUGUUUUUAUUAACUUGUCCCUUCUCUCUAUCAGUUUUUUGUUGCAUUUGAUCAAUGUUGUUCAUCAACUGCCUGGACUCGUUCCCGUUCUGAACCACAUGUACCUCCUCUGUCCCCUUUCCCCUUGUGUACCUCCUGAUUGCAUUGUCUGAACAGUCAGUGCCGUUUAAAGACGACAACUGUAUUUUGCACCGAGAAAAAAAAGAAAAAGAAAAAGACAAACGUGCAACUUAAAGUAGUUCAACUUUCCUGUUUUUGUGCCUCUGAAGUUAAAGUGUAAUUAUAUGCCUUCUGUUGCUCUGUAAACUGAGAGGUUUGUUGGUGUCAAAAAGAAAAUACAUCCUUUUUAAAAAAAACAA